GCGCGGCUGCGCGUUCGGGACCACUCUGCUUUAGUAGUACCUUUAACCUCCUUACUUAAUUAACUCUAAAAUUUAAUUUCAUAGUUAAAGAGUUAAUAUAUCACGGACAUUUUUCAAGCAUUUCAGGUGACUUAGCUGGUAUUUCUAGCAGAUCGAAUGACCACACAGAGGCUCUCUCGUUACGGUAUUUAUUAGUGACGGUAGAAGAGUGAAGUAACUUCAACUGGAACUGCGAGAUGUCUCUUCACCAAAUAUUGAAGACACACACUUUACACCUGGCAGGGGCAACAUUAUUCGAAAAUAACAGCAAAGAUCGGAACAAUCACAAUGGAGAUGAAUAACAAACAAUUCUUGCGAUAGGCUAUACGGGUUAGAGUUGAUGACACCCAGAACGACCUUGUUGAUAGUAAUUUGAAAAAUAAUCGAUGGCGUGGUCAUGUUUGGAAAUUUACAGUUGCAUUGAAAUAUCUUGACUAGUGUGCAAAACCUACAGUGAAGCAGACAGUCAAAUAUUUGUUUUUGAACAUGAUUCGGACAGUAUAAGUCUAUUCUAUGAGGACAGACAUAGCGUUAAACAUCAAUUAUAGAACCCGUGUAAUAUAUCUCAUAAAACCUUUCUUUAUCUGUUGAACAUUUAAACACCCGUAAAAACAACAUAUGCCACAUUUCAUUUCAUAUAUAACCUCAUAUAUUCACAUACAUGAAAUGUUAUUAAGUAUUUUAAUGAAUUUAUUUUAAUUAAUCACUGCUGUUUGAUGUUAGCUGGAUUUAGUUAAUUGGAAAUCUCGUUACAGUAAAUCAGUGAUAAAGGAAUAAAAUAACAAAGGACUAUGCAAAAUACAAUUAUAGAAUGGUCAGACAUAACCUUUAAGAUAGCAACUAACAGAAUCAAAUAAAAAUAAUUAUUUCUUUUAAUUAAUCAAAUACACAUUAUAUAUAGAGAGAAACAUACCUUGUGGUCUUUCAUAAAUAUGGGCGGUGAAGUAUAAAAAAUAGUUCCUACUGAAAAUAUUAGAAGUGAAAGUAACGGCGUCACACUGCAACGCAAUGAGAAAUGCUGAAAGCUCAUGUCAAAGAUGCUUUUUUUGUGUGUGUGUUUGUUUGACAUUGUGUGAAGACAGACGAUGUAUACUUUUCUAGACUUUUAAGCGUGUUUAAGUGUAAUUAUCUCAUGGAAGCAUUAGGCAAUGAAAAUCAGGGAACUUAACCCUAAUCAUUUGUAGGUAAAAUAUUCAUAUUUAAUUAAACACCCCAGUAUGAUGUUUAUUGCUAUGCUGGGCCAGCCGAGGAGAUUAUCAAAGCCCUGCAUAUCAGCUAAAUCUUUCAGUUACCUUAUCUUCCACUGUUCUUGUCUAGUUGUUCCACAAAGGUUUUAGAGGAAAAAAAAAUAACUGAGGAUUUACGGAAGAUACAAAAGAGAGGGUGAAAGAGAGAAAGAAAGGAGGAGGGUGGAGAGAUGGCCCAGGCUUAUCUGAGGAAUUCAGAAGGAUACUGCUUCCCUUUGUCGCAGAAAAUAACAACCAUUGGCAGAGAAGGCUGUGAUAUCGUUAUACAGUUACCAACAAUCGACACACAACAUGCAAUGGUGGAAUUCAACAUGAAUGAAGGACUCUACAUCCUGACUGACCUAAACAGCCUACAUGGAACCUUUGUCAAUGAAGUCAAAGUUCAGAAUUCAUCAGUGAGACUUCACCAAAAUGAUAUCAUACAAUUUGGAGCAAAUGGUCAUCCAUACGAAUUAUUUAUGUGUAAUUCACCAAUGGUCACUUGUUCAGAAAUACGACCUUUGAAGAAGACAGCAUGGAGUCAGACCAAGAAGAACAUCUCAACAGAAAAUAUAUUUCCUCUUCCGUCAGCUUCGUCCUUACCCCAUCUUUCUCCAGCUCCUUACCAAACGAAACUCGAAGUCCCCACAUCUAUGACAACCUGGAGCACAGUGGCAGAAAACGUCAACAAUGGUUUUGGAACAAGGGCGGCUACAGGCUCCAUAACCCCUCCUUGGUCAUUUACUUUAUCGUUGCCUCAGAACAGGUUCCUGCAGAAGAGGCCGUCAGAGACUUCUAGAAGGAUCAUGAUGGAAACAAGGACCACAUCAACACAAACCACGAAUGUAUAUUCAACACAGGGUGAUGGUUACUCAUUGACCUCCCCUUCUGCCUCAUCCUCUUAUAAUCGGACUGAGCAACCUAUCAACUUCACACAAGAGAUUCUAAAUUCUUCAUACACAAUCCACCCACCAAGGGACCACAUGUUCACUAACAAGAACAACAGUUGCUCGGUACAAAACAGCACAACAUGUAGCAUGAAGCUUUUAAGAGAUCAAUGUGAACAGCAACAUGUAGAGAACAAGAGUGAAAUGAAAGACGAAAGUGUUGAACUGCAGCCAAAAUGUCGGCCUGUUUCUUCAUCUACACCAUACAGUGCCACAGCAAGAUACAAUGACAACCAGCCAUCAGAUUUUUGUGACGGGCAUAAGACAGUACAGGUGUUGAAAGUGGAUUCGAAACCAGAUCCAUCCAGUGUGUAUGUUAAAAAUGAGAUGGACAAUAAAGCCAGGCAGUUAAGUAAAGUACAGAUAGAAGUGGAUCAACUGAGAAAGGACAAAAACAUCAUUACUGGACUUGUGUCUCAGCUGCAGAGAGAAGUGUCCAAUAAGGAUGGUUCCAUCUUGAAGUUGACCCGAGAACUUGAAACCCUCAAAAAGGAGUCCUGGAAGAAAGAAACUAACCUGCAGCAGCUGACAACUAAGUUAUCUAAAGUGAAAGACGGUGCCAAGGCUGUGGAAACAAGUGAAGUGCGAGAGAAAGAAAUUCGCAAUCUUCAGAACAAUUUGAUGUUGAUGGAGAAAGAAAUUGAGCAAAAGAACACUUUGGUUGGGUCACAGCAAGUGGAACUUGUUGAUCUGAAAAAAUUAGUCAGUGAGCAGAGGGAAGACAAACGCCAGACUGGGGCUGAAAUGGAGAAAGUUCAGUCGGAAUUAGAAGACAUGAAAAGAGCUGAAAGAAUGGUGAGAAUAGACUUGGAAAAGGCUGUCAAAAAGAUGGAAUGUUUCCGAAGCAGAGUUUUACAAGCCAUUUUCUCCGUUCCUGGCAGUGAGAUUCCAAAGAAAGAGGUCAGCGACGACGAUUUGAUCGAGAUGUUGAAAAAGAUGGCUACAGCUGAAUCUAAAGUGAAAGAGAAACUAGCCAAGAUGCAGGACAAAGUAAACGAUGUUUAUAAGCAGAAAGAAGAAUUCAUUAAAGACAUCCACCAGUUGGAAACUGGCUUUCAGGAAUCUGUUGAAAGAAUGAAAAACAAUGGUUUGCAAAGCUGUCUUCUUUCGCAAGAAAUCAAACUUUUGAAAUCUGUCAGCACCGAGAAGAAUUUACUGCAAUUAAAAACUCUCUUUGAACAAAUGGUUAAAAUAGAAUUGGAUUGGCAGCAAAAAAUUGAAGAAUCUCUGGAAAAAUGUGGAAUCAAUGUUAACAUUUCUACUGAAGAUCCUGCAAAACAUAUUGACUUCUUGCACAAGAAAUGGUCUCUGGCUUUGGAGGAAAACACACAACUAAAAUCUCGCAUUUCAAAGAAUGAGGAAAACCAGAAGUUGGAAGUUCAAUCCUUGACCGAAUCUUUGCAACAGGAAGCACAAGAAAGAUUAAAAGAAGCCGUGGAGAAAUCUGAACAACAAGGAAUGGAAGAACUAAAUAAGGCGGUUGAGGAAGUGAAGCAAGCAGAAGCUGAUAAACAGGAAGAGCUUCUGAAGAAUGAAGAGAAGAAAUUUGAAGAAUUAAAUUCCACAAUUAUUAAACUGAAAGAGCUGAUCAACUCCAAGGACCAAGAGACCCAGAACAGAUUAGAAGAAGUCAAUAAAGUUUGGUCUCAGAAUGAAGAACUUAAGGUCUGCAAAACCCAAUUGGAAAGUGAAUUAGAAGAACAGCAUAAGAUACACCAAUCAGAGAAGGAACAAUUGGAAGCUGAUGUACAAACGACGAAAAGUCAGAGCCAAGUGGAUAUAUCUGAAUAUAGGGAACAAAUAAAGCAACAUUCUAUCACCAUUUGUUCCUUGGAAGAGAAAUUAAGCAAAGCGAAGAAGCUCAAUGGGGAAUAUUCAGAUAGAAUUACCCAGCUACAAGAUGACUUACACGAAGAGAGGACCAAAUUACCAGCAAAUGCAUCAUUACCACUCAAACCGAAGAUUAUCAUUCAAAAACCUCCUCAGGCGGUCUUAGAACUGGAAAGAGAAAUUGCUGCUCUUAGAGCAGAAAUUCUUCAGUUAAAACAUGUUUUACAAGAGAAAGACAAUAUAAUUGUUAAGCAGCGUCGUGAUAUUGUUGAAGCUUAUGCUCGUUUGUCUGACAUGGCAGGUGAACUAAGUGAAGAUAAUAAAGAAGAGAUAGAAUUAAGUAGGCAAUCCGUUAACAGACAUAUGCAGGAGAUGAUAGCUAUGAAGGAAAAGUAUGCUGCAUUAUCUAGAGAGAUUGAAGCUAAGAAGGAAGCCAUCUUGAAAUUACAAAUGGAACUGGAGGCAGUGCGGACAGCAGCAGUAAGCAAAGAGAAAACCAAUGACGAUCUGUCCAAGCAGAUAAGACUUCUGAGGGAAUUUGUUAGCGGAAAACAACAACAAAGGUUUCGCAGUGAACCUAGUUUCCAUACACAUUGUUGUUGUUUUGAUGGUGGCGAGCAAUCGAAGAAUGAAAUCCCGGAAAAGAGCGAGUCCUGUAAUGAAGAAUUAAAACCAUCUCCAUUCCCUGUUGACAAUAAAGAAAUUCUGCUGAUCCGUGAAGAAGACAAUCACGGAAUACCUGACAAUGUCAACUCCAACAAUUCUUGUCUACAACAACAUUACCCUUCUGCCAGUUGUGAAGCUGAGUUAGAGAGGAAUUCUCACAGAGACACUCUUAAUGCGCUAGAGGCAAGUGAAAACUCGUUCUUAUUUCUGUUGAAAAACCUGCUGAGUUCAUUUGAAAUGAAAGGCAACUUGGGGUUACAGUCUGUUGCCCACAUCUCACAAGAUGAAAGGGACAAUGUCAUUCUAAAGAGAAAAGAGAUUUGCCAACAACUUCUUCAGAAAAUUCAGAAUCUUCGACAACAGUUGGAACGGAAACAGGAAUUGUUGCAAGACUAUGAAGGAAGUUUGGGCCAGCUUCGGAAAGCAGAGGAACUUGCUGUAAAGAAAAAUCGAGAAGCAGACAGUCUAACAGCACACAUGUUACUGAAGACAGAGGAAACCGAUUUACUUCGAGACUCCUUGAACAAGACCAAGCUGCAGCUUCAACAAGAGAAACGAUUGAACAGUGCCAUCAAACAUAAGAAAACAUUUCAUCUUGAAAAUGAGAAAAGCCACUUAGGAUUGAAACCUGUAGCUCAUCAUUGCUAUUCUGAUACUGCAUUGUCUGAGAAGCCUUCAAGAGAUGGAGUCAGUCGGAAGAAUACUGGACUAAAAUCGGGGAAGAGGGAACAAUCGAUGAAAAAUAAAAAACAAUAAAGAAACAAAGUUGAUGGUUUAUACACAGACAUCACUAAUCUUAUUAUAUAAUAAAGGAAUAAUUCAUUAAAUAUAA